GCCUGAGGCGCGAAUCGAGCCCGGGUACCGCGCUGGGGAGGAUCCGAGCUGCUCGGAGGAACGGAAGGCAGAAGAGUGGCAGGAGAAGCGUGGCGGCACCCUGACCUGAUCGGCGGCGACAGGAGGAGAGACGAGCAGGCAGCUGCUGCCGGGCUUUGCCAUGGCGGAGAUAGGGGGAAGCCUGGGCCGGCGGGAGAGGGCCCUGCUGUGCUGUGUCCUGCUGUCGGUGUGGGAGGCGGCGUGGGGGCAGCUGCGCUACUCGGUACCCGAAGAGAUGCCCAAGGGCUCCUUCGUGGGCGACCUGGCCAAGGACCUGGGGCUGCAGAUGACAACCUUCAGUGACAGCGGCGUCCGCAUUUUAGACAAAGGUAGGAGGCAGCAUUUCUCUCUGCACGAGAAGACGGGACACUUAGUGACAGCGGAGAGGAUAGACAGAGAGCAGCUGUGUGAGGGCGAGCAGCAAUGCGUGCUGCGGUGUGAGCUGGUAGUGGAGGGGGAAAUGGAGGUUUACGGAGUCGAAGUGGAGAUCACGGACAUUAACGACAACUCUCCCCGGUUUCGAGAGGUAGAAAAAGAAGUGAGAGUGAGUGAGACGACAGCGCCAGGGUCGCGGUUUCCUCUGGCCAGAGCUCAUGACCCGGACGCGGGAUCAAAUUCUCUCAUCAGCUACGAGCUGAGCGGUGAUGAGCACUUCUCGCUGGUCGUGCAGGCGGGGCCCAGUGGCUAUCGCCGUCCGGAGCUGGUGCUGGCGAAGGCGGUGGACCGGGAGGAGACUGCGUUUUAUGAGCUGGUCCUGAGGGCGAGGGACGGCGGAGAGCCGUCCCGGACAGGCACGGCGAGGAUCCGCGUGGUGGUGCUUGAUGCAAACGACAACUCACCUGUGUUCAGCCAGUCGGAGUACACGGUGCGUGUGCCGGAGGACGUGCCCGUGGGCUCUGCCCUCGUCACCGUCACGGCCACUGACCCCGACGACGGUCUCUACGGGCACGUAAAAUACUCAUUUCAAACAGCUUCUGUAAAAGCCUCUCAGAUUUUCCAGUUGAACUCUGAAACGGGAGAAAUCAAACUGUUGCAAAGCCUGGACUUCGAGGAAAGUGACUCCUACGAACUGGAGGUACAGGCAGAAGACGGUGAGGGCCUUUCUGACACGGCAAAAAUCGUGAUCACUGUGACAGAUGUUAACGACAACAUACCCGAGAUUUCCGUGCACUCGACAUUGAGCGAGAUCCCUGAGGACACCCACUCGGGAACGGUGGUGGCCCUUCUGCACGUGCAGGACCGAGACUCGGGGGCCAACGGCCAGGUGCGGUGCACUCUGGACGCCGGAGUCCCUUUCGGUCUGGAAAAGUCGUUUGAGGAUUAUUACCGCGUGGUUACCUCGAGGCAGCUGGACAGGGAGGAAGUGUCGGAGUACAACGUCACAGUGAGGGCGGCCGAUGGCGGGUCGCCGCCGCUGUGGAGCAGUGCCGUGCUGGCGCUGCGAGUGCUGGACGUUAACGACAACGCACCGGUGUUCAGCGAGGCGAGCUACAGCGCCCGUCUGGCCGAGAACAACGCGGCGGGCGCGCUGGUGCUGACGGUGCGGGCGAGGGACGCGGACUGGGGGCAGAACGCGCGCGUGCGGUACCGGCUGGGCGAGGGGCGGGUGCGGGACGUGCCGCUGUCGUCGUACGUGUCGGUGCAGGCGGAGACGGGCGCGCUGUACGCGCUGCGCUCCUUCGACUACGAGGAGGUGCGCGAGGUGGGGCUGUGGGUGGUGGCGGAGGACGGCGGCUCCCCGGCGCUGAGCAGCAACGUGUCGGUGCGCAUCGUGAUCGUGGACGAGAACGACAACGCGCCGCAGGUGCUGUACCCAGCGCCGGCGCCCGUGUCCGGGGCCGGUGUCCGUGGCUGGUCGGGCGUGGAGCUGGCGGCGCGGUCGGCGGAGCCCGGGUCGCUGGUGGCCAAGGUGGUGGCGGUGGACGCGGACGCGGGUCAGAACGCGUGGCUGUCGUACGAGCUGGCCAAGGCGACGGAGCCGGGGCUGUUCCGCGUCGGGCUGCACAGCGGCGAGGUGCGCACUGCGCGCUUCCCGCUGGCCCGCGACGCGGCCCGGCAGAGCCUGGUGGUGCUGGUGAAGGACCACGGGCGGCCGGCGCUGUCUGCCACGGCCACGCUGACGGUGGUGCUGGCCGAGAACGUGGCCGAGAUGCUCUCUGAGAUGGGCAGCGCGGCGGCAGCAGUGCCGGGCGAGCCAGCAGGCAGCCUGACGCGCUGGCUGGUGCUGGCCGUGGCAGCUGUCUCCUGCCUCUUCCUCGCCUUCUUGCUGCUGCUGCUGGUUUUGCGCUUUCGGCGUUGGCGCUGCUCACAGCUGCCUCCGCCGGCGGACGGGGUUUUACGUGGUGUCCCGGCCACACACUUCGUGGGCAUCGACGGCGUCCGCGCCUUCCUGCGCUCCUACUCGCAAGAGAUGUCUCUCACCGCAGACUCACGCAAGAGCCAGCUCCGCUUGUCUCCUGCCAGCUGCUGCGACACCCUCCCGGUCCGCCCACUGUCUGAAACAUCGGGUGAUCUAGUCCCCACGGGAGAUCACGCUGCCGAGAAUGCUGACCAAGUUUCCCUUCAGGUACGUUGA